GUCGAAGGUCUAAAGUUUGCAUCACUAGUCUAAAUAUCAAGGUCAAAUCGCCGGGACAUCGUGACAAUGACAUCUACCGCCCCUGGAGAGAUUCAUACCACCAGUCCCAACUCGUUGGAAGGUACCUUCUAUGUCGGGCAGGACAGGCGGGGAUAUGUUAUCUCCAUCACCACAAACACCACUAUUCCGAGUUUUGACCUUGCCAGUGCGAUACUGGCCUAUGAUAAGGAAUCAGACUUGACCGGCCGCACCAGUGUCACCGGAAAUGUCGGAGGGGAUCUCAAAAUUUCACUUGAACACAACAUGACUAUUACCGGGACCUUUACUGCUGGUGGCGUAGAUCCCCCUUGCGGUCUCGCGGGCAGUGGUAGAUGGUAUCUACGCGCGGAACAGGAGGUGAUGAUCUUCAUGAGCAGGGUGGCGUCUUGAGCGCGGCGCCGGCGCCAUGGAGCUGGUAGCGUGGAGUUGGAGACAUGGAGGGGUGUCGGCGGCGCAGUCCAGUCCUCUCAAGCUCUUGAACUUGUACUGCCUGCUGUAUACGAACGUAGUGUUCGAUGUAUAAUUAAUGACGCUUU